CGCGGUGGAAUCUGAUUGGCUGAGAGGAUUCGAUCACUUCCUCGGUGUACCGGAAAUGGGUCAUUGGAAAUCGAAGUGACGGCUAGCUUUACUGCCGCACGAGAGGGAGAAUGGAUGCGUUAAAUAAACUUAAACAAUUUGACGCUUAUCCGAAAACUCUAGAGGACUUUAGGAUCAAAACAUGUGGAGGAGCCACGGUGACCAUCAUCAGUGGACUUAUUAUGCUGAUUCUGUUCUUCUCUGAGCUGCAGUAUUAUCUAACUAAGGAGGUCCAUCCUGAACUAUUUGUAGACACUUCCAGAGGAGACAAACUAAGAAUCAACAUUGAUGUUAUAUUUCCACAUAUGCCUUGUGCCUAUCUGAGCAUUGAUGCCAUGGAUGUAGCAGGGGAACAGCAGCUAGACGUGGAGCAUAACUUGUUUAAACAGAGGCUCGACAAAGACGGCCAGCCAGUCACAGCAGAGGCCGAAAAACAUGGUCAGUAUCAUCAUAAUUUGGGGAAGGAGGAGGAAGGGGUGUUUGACCCCAGUAAGCUGGAUCCUGACCGCUGCGAGAGCUGUUAUGGAGCUGAGACAGACGAUUUAAAGUGUUGCAAUACCUGUGAUGAUGUGCGGGAGGCGUACCGGCGCCGUGGCUGGGCGUUUAAGACCCCUGACACCAUUGAGCAGUGUAAGAGAGAGGGCUUCAGCCAGAAGAUGCAGGAACAGAAGAAUGAAGGAUGUCAAGUCUAUGGCUUUCUGGAGGUCAAUAAGGUGGCAGGGAAUUUCCAUUUUGCCCCUGGAAAGAGCUUCCAGCAGUCUCAUGUACAUGUGCAUGCUGUGGAAAUUCAUGAUCUGCAGAGCUUUGGACUAGACAACAUCAACAUGACGCAUUUCAUCAAACAUCUUUCAUUCGGCAAAGACUACCCUGGAAUUAUCAAUCCUUUAGAUGGUACUAAUGUAGCAGCACCUCAAGCAUCAAUGAUGUACCAGUAUUUUGUGAAAAUUGUGCCAACGAUAUACGUUAAAGGAGAUGGAGAGGUUGUUAAAACAAACCAGUUUUCAGUAACGAGACAUGAGAAAGUAGCCAACGGGUUGAUUGGAGAUCAGGGUUUACCUGGGGUGUUUGUGCUUUAUGAACUAUCUCCGAUGAUGGUCAAAUUCACAGAGAAGCAAAGGUCUUUCACCCAUUUCCUAACAGGAGUCUGUGCUAUUAUAGGAGGUGUUUUUACAGUUGCUGGACUCAUCGAUUCUUUGAUAUACCACUCAGCAAGAGCCAUACAGAAGAAGAUCGAGCUGGGUAAAGCAUCCUAGCACCACAGGGACACUGGGUGCAUGACUGUGUCUGGAAACUUCUGUGUUUUAAAGGGAAGAUGCCACAAUGAAAGCCCCCAGACUGUUUCUUGCUGUGGCCACAGAGCAGUAUCCUUCGACACGGCCCCUCGCAAGCAAGCACAGGAGAACCACACAAGGACCUGUGACUAAGACACUGGCCGACUGUAUUUUGGAGGAUCAUAUGAACGUUCGUAUUAGCUGUACGCCGAUGCAACAGUUGUUUACUUUUGCAAAACAAAGCUUUUUUUCUGAGAUUUAGGCCUUUAUUUGUUCUUCAUGAAUCACUCAUUGGUUUAUUUGAAAAUUGUAGUCUUACCUGAUCACAAAACCAGUGUUUUCCUGCCUGUCAUACACUGUCAGAGUUUGGCAGACUAAACCAGCAGUCGUUUGAACGAGUUUGGGUCCCUACAGAAGAAUCAGAAGCAGCAGCCUUUGUCAAACUGGAAAAGGCACAAGCGAUCUCAACAGGAAUCCUGUUCUGUUGUCAAGCACACAAACUACAUGCGGAAACACAGAGACUGCAGUCUGUACAGAUGUCUGUUUUUUUUUUUUUGUAAUUGCACCUUUAACUCUAAAUUCAGGGGCAGGGGUGUGUGUGUGUUUGCGAGUGUGUGUGUGUGUGUGUGUGUGUGUUUGCAGAUGGGUGUUUUGUAUGAGAGAGUUUUUCGUCAUGUGUUGUUGCCAGUUUGUUUUGUGUGUGGGAAAAGUGUAUUUAUAUUUUGAUUGUUCAAAGCAGUUUUUAAAAUGAGAAAUAAA